CUCCCUCCCUUAUCCGCCGCCAUUUUACUCCGGCGUUGAGAAGAGCGGGAGGGGGGCGGCGGCGCCUUUUAGACACCAGACGCUGCCUCCUCGUUAUCAAAAAAUACUGGUUAGCGAUUAGACACUCGGCGAAAUCGCCGGGGAGGAGGCAGCACGCGAGAGCAGUGGGACCACUGACUUUUAUUUUCCAGUUAGUUAUUUAAACAACAAAACUAUUGGAUAUGCCCUGUGGCAGACGGGUGUGGGUUGGUCCAGGGUGUGUUUUAUGAGGUAAACCCGCGCCCUCGGGCUAAUUAAACUACAUUCGGUAGGCGUGCGAGGGAAGGAGCAGGCGAGCCUGCGGCCUAGGCGGCGGGGUGGUGGCGGCCGGGCUGCGGGCGCCGAGAUGGCGUCUAAUUUCGACGUGCAGGACCGGGCCAGCUGGUACUUCGGCAGCAUGAGGCGGGACGAGGCGGUGUCGCUGCUGCAGGGCCAGAGGCACGGCACUUUCUUGGUGAGGGACAGCCGCACCAUCCCCGGCGACUACGUACUGAGUGUGAGCGAGAACUCCAAGGUGUCUCACUAUAUCAUCAACAGCCGCCCGCAGCCAGGCUCCGGCCCCGGGCCCUCUCGCUUCCGCAUCGGCGACCAGGAGUUCGAGCACCUGCCCGGCCUGCUGGACUUUUACAAGAUCCACUACCUGGACACCACCACCCUGCAGGAGCCGGUGGCUAAGCCCCCGCACCUCGGGCUCGGCUCCGGCCCCGGUGGCCCUCGGCAGCAUCAGGACACCGAGUACGUCCGCGCCCUCUUCGACUUCCCGGGCAACGACGAGGAGGACCUGCCCUUCCGCAAGGGCGACCUGCUGCGAGUUAUCGACAAACCCGAGGACCAGUGGUGGAACGCGCAGAGUGCCGACGGCCGUUGCGGCAUGAUCCCCGUGCCUUACGUGGAAAAGUGUCGGCCCAGCUCGGUGCUCGGGCCGGCCGGCAGCCCGGACAGCUCGCUGGCUGCGGCCCAGCAUCAGCAGGGCGGCGGGCAGCAAGAGUUCGGGCCCUACGCUCAGCCCAAUGUCAGUACCCCGCUGCCCAAUCUGCAGAACGGGCCGGUCUAUGCCCGCGCCUUCCAGAAGCGGGUGCCCAAUGCGUACGACAAGACGGCACUGGCCCUGGAGGUUGGAGACCUAGUGAAGGUAACCAAGAUCAAUGUGAGUGGCCAGUGGGAAGGAGAGUGUAAUGGUAAACAUGGCCACUUCCCUUUCACUCAUGUCCGGCUACUGGAUCAACAGAACCCUGAGGAGGACCUAAGCUGAGUGGAUUUGUUUCAGAGAAAACAACAAUUUGAAUUACAGAUGGGAACAGACUUUCUAUGGUUCCAUUUCCUGACAAACCCCUCCCCAACCAACCUCGCACCCAAGACUUUGGCCCUCUAAUGUUUACACUAGCCCAGUAAGAUUGCAGUUAACUUGACUAUGGAAUGCCCUGUCUUUGAAACUGUUUGCAGUGACAGCGCUGAUGUAUGCUUUUGACACUGCUCUCCUUUUUGAUUUAACGGUUUUAAUGUUCAUUGGUGUGUAAGAUUCACAUGGUGGGCGCCUUUGGAGUUGAGAGCUUCUUCCCUAACUAAUGUUCCUGCAAGUAUUGUGGCUGUUAAUCUGGAUGUAUGUGUGAGAUGUUUUUUACAAAAAGCAAAUGCAACGUCACUUCAGGUCAAGUGAGCAAUGAUGGCUCCAGUUCAACACUAAACCAUGCUGAGCGUCUGCUCUCAGCCCUGCUGUGUGUUGAGUUAAUUGGGGAACUACAAUUACCUUUGCUGUCCCUGAAUUGGGUAACGGAGUGAAAAGAAUAGAAUCAUUCCAAGUUUCUGUUCGUCAUCCUGUAUCCUUGUCGGAAUGCCGGAAUUGUAUACUUGUCCUGAAGGUGGGAUCAAGGUCUUCAAUUGUGGUUGAGCAGCAAGCUGCCCCAUUGGAUACUAAAUAACUUGUUUGCAUGAAGUGCGGUGUAGUGGCGCAGAUGUCACAGCAUAACCAUUUCCCAGCAAUUGGAAAGGACAGCAGUCUCUCUUGCAUGAUCUCGCACAACUUCACAGUUUGUGGGGACAAAUACUAAACACUACUGGAUAGGGAUGUACCAUGAUAAGUUCAGCUCCGUAAAAAGCAAAUCAUUUAAAAUAAUUUGUCUGAAUCACUUUAACAAUCACAGUAAAUUAUUUUAUUUUGCAGUAACCAUUAAAGGGACACUACUUUUUUUUCAGAAAAUUGAUAUCAACCAGGUUAGGAAUAGCUUUUAGGACAUGUAAACAUCUCACUGUCAGCUACUUUUUAUUAGCAAACUCAACUGUUUUACAGUUUGAUCAUUUGUCAAUCUAAAAACAUCAAAUGUGACAAUCUUAUUGAACCCCUUUUCCAAGAUAUCUACUUUGCCAAUAAACACCUUAACUAAUGCAAGGAUUAUGCAAGAACCAAUGGAAAGAAAUGCAAGUAUAGUUUGUCUUGUAACUUGCUGCCACAUAAAAUAGGAAACACUACAAAAAAUUAUGUUGAAGGAUAGGAGGGUAGAGGGUUUAAGUAAGUUAUGAUCUUGUUUGCUAAUCGUGCAGCUGGUUUGUGGUGAUGGACAAGGGAAAUGAAUUAAUCAAGUUUAUUUUUUUUGCUGAUGAACACGUGCCUAAUGUUUAUGUACACUUUGCCAUUCCAAACAAAGAAUCAUGUUUCUCUACAGUGUCAAUGAAAAUGCUCUCUUGUUUAUCAUGCACUACCUAAAUCCUGGCACAUUCCUUGGACUAUUCUUUCCUGGAAACUGCUUAAUUGAUCCCAGGAUACCUGGUCUUCCAGUUGUUACUUUGACUGAAGCCCCAUUGCUCUUGAGAAAAUGCAAAUUACACAGCACAAACAUUUAAUAAUUGUACAGGAAGAUGUAAAGAAAGAACAAGUACUUGUUCAUCUUCUGAACUGACCUGAGUGUCUUAAUCUUUUAUGUUACUUAUGACACAUAGCACAGUUAAAUAUAGCAGUUAUACUAACAUUUUACAAAUGGCUCCUCUGAAAUUAUUUUCCUUUUAACCUUAUUUCUGCUCUGAGAUUGUAUUAAAAUUCUGUAAAAAGAAAAAAAAGAUUCUGUUUAACAAUUGUAACGAAACACAGACAUGUAUUUAUUGUUUUAAGAUUGCUGUGACCACUUUUUCUUUGAGCCGAUGGCUGAGUGUUUAAACGGGCUGUGGUAUAGUGCGUGG